AUGGAGUAUGCAGAAAGACUCGAGAUUCAUGGAGCAGUUACCGAGGGUGGUGGUGGAGUUAUCUGUAUAAGUGGAUUUAAUAACAAGAGAUUGGUGUUGGUGGAGAGAGAUGACGUAAUGGAUUGGUACUUAAUUCUGGCACCGAAAGAUUGGGAUUAUCAGAGGUAUGGUAUUCAAACUCCUAGAGGAAAAGUAUUACAAACACGUCAGCAAACGCAAAAAGAACCUUCUUCAGAAGAGAUGGUAGACGGUACAAACCCACCUCCUCCGCCUCAAGAGAGGAAGCUGCGAGAGUUGACAUCUCCAUGCAUAGAUUCGCAACCAUUGUGUAUUACAAUCACUAAUCCAGUGGAGCUGAAGCCGAAUAUACUUCAUCACCUACCAAAGUUCAAGGGACUUCCAGAUGAAAAUUCGAAUCGUCAUCUUCGAAAAUUUCGACAAAAGAUGACAAGUCUUAGGCAAAGUACCGAAGACAGUGAUACAACAAUGUUGCAAGCUUUCCCAUUCUCUUUAAAAGAUUCAGCAGCAUCUGUUCGUAAAGAGAUUAGUGGUAUUCUUCAGAUUACUGUGGAGUCUCUCUAUGAAUACUGGGAUAGGUACAAAAAAUUAGUGGCAAGCUGUCCCCAUCACAACAUAUCCCCAACACUCAUCAUUCAAUACUUCUAUCAAGGAUUACUUCUAGAGCAACGGAAUUUAAUUGAUGCAGCUGGUGGUGGUUCACUCACUGAGAAGACAAUCUCGCAAGCAACUAGUUUGAUUGAGAGUAUGAGUUCAAAUGAAAAACAAUUUUAUACAAGGCAUGACUCAAAUGUGAGAAGAGUUAGCGAGAUAGGAGAAUCUCCAAAUACAGAGCACCGGUUAAACACCAUUGAAAAGGCGAUUCAUCGUAUAACUUCGGUAGUUGCUCCACCAUACGAAGAGGAGGCCGAGGUUAAUGCUUUAUUUCCUAAUCAAAGGCAAAGUUAUGCCAACAAGCAAGUCGCAGCUCUUAUGCCAACUUUUGGGCAACAUAAUGCUUUUCAACCACAGCAACAGAACCAGAGCUCCGGUCUAGAAGAGAUGAUGAAAGCUAUGAUGCAAAAUCAAGAUCAAGCUUCCCAAGAACAAAAAGCGAUAUACCAACAAAAUCUGCAAUAUCAACAAAAGAAUGAUAAUGCUAUUAAAGACUUGCAGACUCAGAUGGGGCAAUUGGCAACCGAUAUGAAUUCACUGAAGGCACAAGCUUCGACAAAGUUGUCAUCACAACUUUUUGUGAACCCAAGAGAGCAAGUUAAUGCAGUCACUCUAAGAAGUGGGAUACAAACCGAAGAGCCACAUCAACAAAAAGAGGCUUUGGAUCCACCGCGUCCUCAUAAAGUGUUGAAGGAGUCUUCUAGAAAGAGAGGUUAUGAUAUUCUUGCGCAACACCCUUGA